AUGGAUCAACAUCAACCGCUAGAAAGACCCAUCAUUCUUUCUCCUCCUCCGUUGGAACGUGCUCCCUCGAGUCAUUUGGGUCAGAUGCAAGAUAUCCAUAAUCUUUAUCCAAGACAACAAAGCGUUGGUUAUAACAUGCAGCAUGAAUUUGAAAAUUUGACUAUUGAUUUGGAUUUGGACUUGAAUAAAGAUACAGGUAUGAACUCUUCAGGUAGUAAUAAUAGUAUUGCCAGUGCCAGAGACCAAAAUAACAAUUAUAACAAUAAUAGUAAUGAUAAUACUGUUCCUACUGGUAUGGGAACAACUGCAACCACCAGUUCAAACUUGGCGGCGGCUCCUACAACAAUAUCAACUGUUCAAGCACUGGCCUCCCAAAUUCCGGCUCCCACUCCAACUUCCACCUCACUUGCAGGCUCAGGCACAAAUUCAUCGGGCCCAGCUUCAGGACAUUUGUUACAUCCCAUUCGUUCUCAUGGUGGUGCCUUUUCAUCCGAUAUCAUUGGAACUGGUUCUACAACCCCUAACCCGUUUUCAAGAGAUUCCAUUCUUACUUCUACCCAUCAUCAUCCAGCAUUGUUGCAACAUACAAUCCCCACAAGACCUCAAUCUGUUGAUUUCUUCAGAACAGGUCAUCUGAUAUCUAACACGUUGGCACCUCAACAACAACCGCAGCAGAAUAAUUAUGUAAAUGACUUGUUGACUUUCACUAAUUGGAUUGAAAAUUUGAACCCUAAAGAAAUCAUCACUAUGAUUGAUCAUUGGUGCAACAACUUACCAUUAGACAUUUUACUUACUUUCAAAUCUCACUUGGAUUCCCAUUUGACAGGACAUUCCCAAGUUUUGAUGCAGCAACAACCACAGCCUCCACAACAGCAACAGCAACAGCAGCAACAACAACAACAACAACAACAAUAUUCGUCUUAUACGUCGCCCUAUCAAUCGAAAGAAUUGUAUUCGGAAGCUGUCGACCCCAUCGCUGCUCCCACAGUAAAGUCCAACCCCACGCUCAACGUUGAUAUAUCUGGCAAUGAAUACUCUGAUUUGCAGCAACCCAAACCAAAAGUUAAUUAUAGAUACUCUGGUCAGUAUUUCCAAAACAUGGACGUUCGUACGCAAAGACCCAAAUCUGCUGAUCCUAUGUUAAGAACUGGCUCCGGAAUGACAUCGUUACCUGUUGGUCAUCAUAACAAUACCAAUAACAACAACAACAACAAUUUUAUUCAUGCGGGAUCAGGUACCCCGCCAUCAGCACAAUAUUCGAGCAAACUUGCUAGUGUCCCACUCGGGACUUCGAAUUCUGGUUCUAGUACUAUUAGUACAUCCAACCCGGAAAGAGCCAUUUCUCCUGCUUCUCAUUUAUUUGAAAAGACAAACUUCUUACAGCUUGCGGCAGCCAAUCAGAACCAAGGUAGCAAGUCUCCUAGUAUUCAGAUUAGUGGUGGUGGGAAUCAGGAAGAAAUGGACAUUACAGCCCAUACAAAUGCUUUGAAAUUAGGGGCAUUGGCUACGAUUAACUCCCGAGUAGCUCUCGAUUCCAACCGGAAAAAUUAUGGUGUUUCAUCCCAAACUUCUUCUUCGUUGACACCUUCUGGACCCACCACUGUUUCUCAAGUAUUAGGAAGUCCUAACAAUUAUGUUCGAUCUAAUUUUGAUGAGACUUCUGGAAUCAAUCGAAGUUUGAAUUCUUCCAGUGUUCCACCCAUUGGAUCCAAUACUGGGAACCGAUCGAUUAUGUAUCAUGUUAAAACCGGGAACAAUGGUUCUAAGCAGCAAGCCUCGAGUAAUAUGAACCAUACCAAUUCCACCAGUUCUAUUACCACUUCCACCGGCACAUCGCCCAAUUCUUCGAGUUCUAUGGUUCCUAGUUCGAUGCCGGCCGAAGUGAGCAGUUUAGAGUUGUUGAACAACAUCCCUGCAUGGUUGAAGUUGUUACGGUUACACAAGUACACAGAUUCCUUGAAGGAUAUUCUGUGGAGAGACUUGGUUGAGUUGGAUGAUCAACAAUUGGAACAACGAGGUGUAAAGGCCCUUGGAGCCCGUCGUAAGUUACUCAAAGCAUUUGAUGUGGUUAGAGCGAACAUGCCAUAA